UUCCCUGCAUGCACCUCGAUUUGGUGAGCAAAAUGUCGCAUGUAUAGUCCGAUGUAAUUCAUGUAAUUUAUUCGUAUCAUCCUCCUAUAUUGGGGGUUUUCUUGUAAAUAAUAGUUUUAAUCGUGUGUGUAUUAUAGAGUGAAGGUGUAAAUUACGUACAGUUUGUCUGAUAGGUACGAUUCGAAAUAUUGUUCUUGCUAAUUUGUAAUCAACUCGAUCGUUUUCUCAAUAGAAUUUUCCUGCUGAAAUCGGCUGCUAUAGUUAGGGAAGUGACCCUACUUUUGACAUAUUUAAGUGAAGACUCGAUAAAUGAAGUGGCUCGGUGAGGGGGAUUCGGAAAUGUUGAGCCAGAGCAACGGACCCCAACCAGUCCAGCCAGCACCAUCUUUGCAGCAAGUGAGUGCAGAAGCAGCCAGACCACAGGUGCUGUCACGCUCCCAAGAUGAUGCUAUGGUCGGAUACGUGUUCCAGAGACCACAUUCAGAUCCUGAUUUCCCACUUCCUCCAGGUUUAAAACAGCAGUCUCGCUGGCCUCUAGUUGAUGACUCGGCAAUAGAUCAUAAUCAAGAAAAAUGGAAAUAUCCUGUUGCAAAAAUGCCCGUGUCCAUGAACAGUGUUCCAUAUGAAAUACAUCCUCUUGUAAUGAAACCUGGUUCAGAGCAUUUCUUAUAUCACCAUAUGACUCAGCCUCCACCACACAUGGCUGGCAUUCUACCACCAGACAUGAAUCCUCGUAAUGGACAGAUCGCGCCCUCGGCUAAGAAAUUGUGGGGUGUUGAAGAACCUAAAGACGAGCCUAAAGGUAUUCUCAGCUUGAACGAUCAUCAGAUGUGGCGGGAUUCCACAUGGAGCACAUCAGACCAUGCAGUGUCACAGCCCAUCACGAUGGUGGCACGCCGCUCCGGGAGUUUUCCUGGCAGCGAAGCUGGCAACAUUCUGUCCCCUAGAUCCUCGGAGACCAGUGGGCUAGGUGUCAAGAUGGUGGAGUACGUACUGGGGACCUCCCCCACCAACAAGGACUUAGAGCCGCAGAUGAGGCGCCUGGUCAUGGUGCGUAACCAAGCGUCAAAUGAUCCCAACGAGAAAAAGGAAAAGGAGAAAGCACCAUCAUCUCCGUAUGACACAGCGAACAAAAAGGAACAUGAAAAUGGGGUGGUACCUCAGAAUGGUGUGCAAAAUGGUUUAGAUGAUGACAAAGGUUUCAACCGCACACCUGGUAGUCGUCAGCCUUCACCCUCGGACGAGGAACUAAACAAGAACAAUGGAGUGGUGGUACUGGAGAAUCCUCAUGUGAGCCACCACUACCCCCAUCCGUUUCCCCCACCACCGCACCCACACACUCUCGCUCAUCUCGACUCGCAUUUUGAGCACGUGAUGACCCUGGACCCCAGCUUCGAGGGUCCUCCCACACAGCAACAGCCUACCCAGCAGCAGGCAGCCAUGGACUCCCCUACGGUGCUCAGCACUUCUUUCGAUGUUCAGCAAUUAUUUCGAAACCAAAAUACAGCAGUGAACCCAGCGCAGCAGAUCCAACUGCUGCAGCAGCAACAGUAUCAACAUCUUGCAGCGACUCAGCAGCAACAGCAACUCGCCGGACUCGCUCCUGCGCCAGGCGCCACUUUUGCUCCCGCCACCCCUUACAUCAUCAACCCUCAGGAGCCUUAUGUCAUCGCGGCAGCAGGACCAACAGUUAUGCCUCAGUAUUAUAGCAUGCCAUGGGGUGUGUAUCCUGCCAACAUAAUCCAACAAGGGACGACGACACAGCAGAGGCGUCCUCUGACACCAUCAUCAGCGUCAGAGAACCCAUCAAACCUGCCACAAGUACAGCCCAGCCAGUAUCAGGUGAUUCCAGCCUACUACGAUCAGAACGGUAGCAUGGUGAUCCGCAGCAUCUCUGCUGGUGCUCCUCAGACGAUGCGGCUCGUAUCCCCUGCUCCGGUACUGGUUAAUGCAGGUACACCAGGCAGCUCCAUGCGACUGUUGGGCUCUCAGACCCAACAGAUCACCACUCCUCCCUCUUCAAUCUACAGCGGUACACAGCCUGCUUCAUUGUACAGCACUCCAACUGCCAAUGGAACUACAAUAUCAGGACUUCCCCCACAAUCUGGGUCUGCUGCUCCUGGCUACUCGACUAACCUCGCUUCUCUCACUUCUAGCCUCUCGUCUCUGGGCGCAGGGCUAGGGUUGAGCACAGGGAGCACUGGCCGAAGAGACUCAUUUGAUCGAAACACAUCAGCAUUCUCACCGUCAUUGGAAUAUGGACGACAAAAGUGGCCUCAGAACUAUGGAGCCUUAGGCACAGUGACUGCAUCUCCCAGUCCAUUAGGUUUAGCAUCGGGCUCAGUCUCCCCACCUCCCACUUUGGGCUCCUCUGCUGGCCUGCAGCUGGGGGCUCUCACGACAUCGGCCAACCGCACACUCCUGUCUGCGGCACCCGGUGCUGAAGCUAUGACCAAGUUCAGAGCUGCUGGCACCAUGCUUGGUACCAACUCUCUGUUCGCCAAGCUCGGUACAGUUCCACGCACUCUGGGUGGGGGAGGCACAUCUCCUCUGGAAACCAAACCCACGGGCCGUAGUCGAUUACUUGAGGAUUUCCGCAACAACCGCUACCCCAGUCUGCAGCUCAGGGACCUGGCCAACCACAUUGUAGAAUUUUCCCAAGACCAGCAUGGCUCACGCUUCAUCCAGCAAAAACUGGAACGUGCUACUGUUCCUGAGAAACAGCUUGUGUUUUCUGAGAUCAUCGCAGCUGCUUAUAAUCUCAUGACCGAUGUCUUUGGAAACUAUGUUAUCCAGAAAUUUUUUGAAUUUGGAACUGCUGAUCAGAAAACUACUCUUGCUCAGAAAGUAAGAGGACAUGUACUGCCCCUGGCAUUGCAAAUGUAUGGCUGCCGAGUGAUCCAGAAAGCACUAGAGUCCAUCUCUGGUGAGCAGCAAGUAGAAAUUGUCAGAGAACUGGAUGGUCAUGUGUUGAAGUGUGUGAAAGAUCAGAAUGGCAACCACGUUGUACAGAAAUGUAUCGAAUGUGUUGAUCCUCAUGCUCUUCAAUUUAUUAUAAAUGCCUUCCAAGGACAGGUGUUUGCUCUGUCAACUCAUCCGUACGGCUGCCGAGUGAUCCAACGUAUCUUGGAACAUUGUACCCAAGAACAAACUGCUCCUAUUCUGGAGGAGCUUCAUCAGCACACAGAUCAGCUGAUUCAGGACCAAUACGGAAAUUACGUCAUUCAACAUGUUCUUGAACAUGGGAAGCCUGAGGACAAAUCUCUCCUAAUUGGAGCAGUGAGAGGAAAGGUACUUGCCUUAUCUCAGCAUAAGUUCGCAUCCAAUGUGGUGGAAAAAUGUGUCACCCAUGCCACUCGAGCAGAGCGAGCUAUCCUCAUUGAGGAAGUCUGUGGCUUCAAUGACAAUGCGUUACAUGUCAUGAUGAAGGACCAGUAUGCAAACUACGUAGUCCAGAAGAUGUUGGAUGUAUGUGAGGCUGCACAACGCAAGGUAUUGAUGCACAAGAUUCGGCCCCACUUUGCGUCUCUUCGCAAAUAUACUUACGGCAAACACAUCAUUGCCAAACUAGAAAAGUUCUUCAUGAAAUCCAACAAUGUAGUGUCCGACCUUGGGCCCAUUGGACCCCCUACCAACGGCGUCCUUUAGACAUCUGCCACUCUCAUUUUGUUUAAUAAAUUUGUCUUAGGUUAGAAGGGGUGGAAACGUCAACACCUGUCUGCGGUUUGUGGCUAAAAGUUAGUUAGGUUUGUACAUACUAGGUAUAUAGUUGUACAGCUAUCAAAAACAGAUCAUUUUAGUUUGUAAAAUAUCCUUUAUUAUUUUAUACAUAAUCGGACCAAUUGUUUUAUCUGUAAAAACUGCUUGUAAAAAUAUAAAGGUACAAACAAAUUGUAAACGAAUAUCAGAUUGUAUAUAAUAAAAUGGAGCAUUCCUUGAAUGAUUGCAAUGAUUAUAUAUAUAUAAAACAUUAUGUUUAUCAGUAGUCACUGACUAUACUGAGUCGUUUUCAAACAUUUUUAUUGGAAUCACAGGGCGUUGCAUGGACAUAAUCAUAUAAGAAUUCUAAUAAUGGUGUUUAUAUUAAACUUAGCUCAACUUUUAGCAACAAAUUUGCUAAAUUUGAUUUCUUUAACUUAAACAACUUUCUCAGUGGAAAUUUUAGAAAACCAUAUUUUACAAUAUUCACCAUCUUGAGCUUAUCAAUGUAUUCACUAUUCUGAUUUUUCUUCAAGUAGAGUCAUUUCCACAAUAAUUUUUAAUUUACAAAUUCAUUGAUUGGAACUUUUUAUCUGGACCAAAGAUUUGGUUUAGGCACUGCAGCCCUUGCACUUUGCUCAAGUUGUAUAGUUAUAAAUAGUCUGGCCCCUUUUAUACUAGGCUAAGAUAGUCUCAUCAUUCCGACUCCUGUAUAAAGCUCUGGCUCUGUAGAUAAGGGAACGCACGGAUCUCUGUUCCUCACUUAGCCCACCUCUACACUUGAACAAAUUGUAUUUUUUUGUAAUUUACAUAUAAUUAAAAUAUCCCGUUCCUAUAAAAUUUGUAAAUAAAUAUUGUAAAUUGGAAAUAAAGACCGAUUACGAACUAAGUUGUAGAAUAUAAAGCUGAUAUGGGUUUUUGUACAAUGUAUUAUAUAUAGAUUGUGUUACUUAUAAAUAUAUAUAUAUAUGUUGUGUUUAAGGAGAUGGGUUGAGUUAGGAUUUGUGCGUUCCAAUGUUUUUAACAAUUUGGAAUUUACAAUUUCAAACCGUUGUGCGCAUCUAAAUUGUCUUCUGAAUUUCUUUUCUUAAGCACAUUGGUUUGAAUGUUUGGGUUCGGCUCGCAAGGUUCAGUCUUGUGUUCGGUUCGGCAAACAACGAUGGCUGGUCUUAACCGAACCGGUCGGAAACCUAACGUUACUAAGACUGAUGUAAAGGUUUUCUGCACUUCGUGUUGAACUUGUCUAUAAUUUGCUUUUAUCAUUGAAUGUUUUAUUCAUGUUUAGGCUAUCAAAGGUUAAGUGGUAUAUAUAUAUAUAUAUAAAUAUAAUUAUCGAUAUUAUCUAAGAUAUUGUGUGUAAAAAAUAGUGGUUAAAAUUUGCACAUUUUUGUCUUAUAAUAAUUAUGUAAAGUGUUGUGCACCUUAUGUCUACUGGUUGUACAUUUCAACAUUUCUACGUUUUAUAGGUAGUAGUUCUGUUUUUACAUAAUGUAAAGCUUGAUGUUUGUUUUUAUUACAAUACUUUUUGAGAUCAGCAAGUAAAUUUGUUUAUUUUAAGGGAAUUACUUAUUCCAUAAGUAUAAAUCAAGAACUUUAGUGAGGUUUAUUUUCUCUGCUUUAGGCUUAUAGAUGGGAUAAUUAUUUUGUGUUAACUUGUCACAUCAGGUUUACAGACAAUGGAGAGUUACUGAGUUUAUUACACCAAACUAACUAUGAACAUAUUUUUAAAAUUGUUUCUUGUAGAAAAUAGUUUACUUGUCAUAAAAAUCCAGUAUUUCAAUAUCUAACAUCUCUUAAUAUUGUAACUAGAAAAACUUUUACUUUAUUUAAUUUUAUAAACAUUUUAUUAAAUAUUAAUUUUUUAUUAUAUUUGACUGUAGCAAUUUAUGAGAUUAUUGGAAUAAAGCAGUCUGGUACAAAUAAACUUGUAGAUUUUGGCAUGGAAUGUCACUAGUAUUUUAAAUUUAAAUAUUUUAUAAAAUUGAUUGCCCUUUAGAUAAUUUAACUAUUAUCAUCAAAAAUGAAAGAUAUUGUAAUUACAUUGGAAUAAAUUAAGAAACUUGAGUGAAGGGAGCACAUUGAUUCACUUGAAGCUAAUAAUGAUAAAAGUGUCAACCUUGAUUUAUUCUCUAUUUAGAUUACAUUCAAUAUAUAUGCACUUGAAUAUUGUCGAAUUUUAUGAUGAAGCCUGCAGAGCAAAGAAGCCUAGAGAGAGAGGAGGGGGGGUCUCCAGUCCUGGGAUAUCAUUGUACAUAUUGUAUCAUACUAGAUUUUAAAUACUGGCUCUAGAAACAAUUGCUAAAUAUUCCAUUUUGAGGAAUCAUAUUUUAAAAGAAAUACUUUUGUUAAAUUAAUAAUACCUUUUUACUGAUUAUUGAAUUAUUAUAAAGAGAAGCAUGAUUUCAAAGGAGCUGUGAGCCCAACAAAUGAGUGUUAAUUUUAUUUGCAUUUCAUGUUAGUGAUUUUCCUAACAACUUUUUGUAAUUUAAGUGAUAUAGCCUGUAAUAAUAAAUCUUUUGGUUAUUUCUGCUGUUAGUAACCAUUCCCUCUGCUGUUAGUAACCAUUGCCUCUGCUAAUUUGGUCUUUUAAUAAUUCCUGUUGACAGUCUUUAAACAAGAUGUUGAAUUAUGUUAUUUUAUAGCAAAAUGGAUUGUAUAAAUUUAUGUUAGAAAACUGCUGUCUAACAGUUUUGAGAUCGUUUACUGAUGUUAAAGUGAAAUAUUGGGUAAUCAAUAUUGGAUGACAUAAUCAUACAGUACAUAUAUAUAUUUUAACAUAAAAUUCAUGAAUAUUACAUAAGAAUAAUGUUUUUAAGUAAUCAUGUUUGAUUUUGUGCUUAAAUAACUGAUAAAAGAGCAUAAGUUUUGUAAAGAUGUAGUUGUAUAAUUUUUAUAUACUGUACAAUUUGUAUAUUCUGUUAAUAAAAUAUAAUUAUUUUCAUAGACAUUUCUAUAUGAAUUAUCUGCACACCAAACUGGUAGUAUGAACAGCUAAUUAUUAUGAGAUUGAAUCAUUCAUAAGUUUGGUGGCAAUAAUGUUUCCAGAGGAUGGAGACCUCUCCUAGUAUUAUUUUAUUGUUUGCUCUCUAUCGCUUCCUUAGAUUAGUUCAAUAAUCAUUAUUAAUGUUAAUCCAGUUAAUAGAAUGUGUAAUUAUUGUAUUGAUCCACUGUAUGUAGGAAUAUACUUUUAAAUGUUAUGUACCAUAUUGUAAGUAGUUUGUUAUAUGUGCCUUGUUUUAAACAAAAAUGAAUUCCCACAUUAUGUCUGAAAUUAAGAAACUUUAUUUACCUUCCAGAAGUAGUUUAAGUGCUUUACUGAACUCCAACAGUAAACAGUUAUUUUAUUUAUUACAUUGUACAGAACACGAGUGCACUGCCAACUGGUUAAAAUUUUAAACAUUAAUUUAUUCGGUGCUGUGGGAUUUCUACAAUUUCACUCUUGUGUUUUAAACCAGAGAAAAUAAAAAGAAACACUGCAGAUAGAAAUGUAACUGUUUUAGUUCUAAUUUUGAUCAUUUAUUUUGAUUUUGUCAUAUUUAUAAUUUUGUAGUUUGUAGAUGUUUUUAUACACUAUUGUGGAACAGUUAGACGCAUGGAUUAGAACAAAAAAUAUAAUUAUCUAUUUUUUAAUUUAGUUGAGUUAGGAAGUAGAAUUGUUUUGUUAACCAAAAUUGUCACCUAAACCUAUUUUACAAUUAGGUUAUCUCUUUAGUUGAAUUUUUUUACUGUGAAGCAAAUUUGUGGACCUAUAAUCUCAUCUUGCUGUAAGUGUAUUAUCAUAAUAUUAAUUCAUAUUGUAUGCCUAGAUUUAUUGUAGAAAGAUAAACACUUAUUAACUUAGAUUUAACAGAAAAUUGUAAAAUUUGGUGCAAGAGUAGUCUUUUGCCACACAAAAACAUAUUACAAAAUUGUAUAUGGUUGUACAAAUGUAACAAUUUUCAUUGUGAAAAAUAUUUUGAAGUAUUUCAAAUAAAAUGGAAAAUACUUCCUUGUAAUGAAUUUAAAA